UACUGAUCCUUCUGAUUUUAGCAUUAUACAUAGUCUGUUUCUGGCAUGAGCUCCUCACCAUUUCAAAUGCUAUUUUUUCAGAGUAGUUCUUGAUGUUUGCUUGCAAUAUGUCUCAUUUUCCUGUAGCAAGACUUGCUGCACUAUAUUUUCUAAAUAUAUUUAACAGUUUACAGUUAAAGUUCAUCUUGUGACUAUCGUUAAAGAUGUCUUAUAGGCAAAGAAGCGAAACAGUCAAUUUUGUGGAGUGGGGAUUGCUACUUUAAUUAGCUUUAAAAUUAUAUUUUAUACGCCACUAGAAAAGAAAGUGAGUUCCUUCAGAUAUGAAAGAGCUCGCACAUAUGACGACUUCAUUUGUAGCUUCAGGGAGCUGUUUGUAGGCGUCUGGGGAAAAAAGCAAACUUAGAAUUGUGUUUUCAUUUAAUUGAAAAAUAACUGCCAAGUUUAAAACUAUAAUUAGGUGUGGGGGGGGGGGGGAAGGAGUCCAGCCACUUAGAUUUUGAGGGCUCAACUGGAAUUUAGGUUUUCAUCGAUUCUAUAAUAAAGGAUAAAGUUACGAAUAUGUUGCACGCUCUAAACUGGAAAAGAUAAAUUAUAUAUAGGUGCAUGUUCGUAAUAAACCACUGUAGCCGUAUCUUCUCCUUGAAUUGCCUUUGUUUACAUUGCAUGCAGUUUAGAACACUGACACUGAUGAAGUAAAACAUACACACACUAAAAAAAAACUUUGGUCGGCUUUAGGAACUCAAAGCAUGCUUACGUUUUCUAUUGAGAUGGUUAAUGAAUCCAGUGUUUUUGCAGUUGCAAGCUUGUGCAUUCAGGGUGCAAAGCUGUCUACAGGCUUUUGCAGUUGCAACAGCGCAGCAAAGAUAUUAAUUAAACCAUCGCAUUUUUUCACUAAUGUUUGGCUACUGUAAGUUCAGACCCUUCCCCCCCCUCGAAUAUUUAAUCUUUCUCUUCCUUCUCUCAGUGAGAACUUUGCUGGGCACGUAUCGGAUGCUUGCUCCGUGUAAUAAAAAGUUAGAAGUGGUUAGCUGGGGGGCUGUGACCUGAUCCAGUUUAAAGGAUAAUUGGAUGGUAUUUUUGAAGAAUAUGGACACAUUUAUUUUUUUAAAAAACAAUUUGCUUGUAAAUCUACAUGCUCCUCGGACAAUGGACUGGGAAAUAAGAAAAAACUAUGCGGUUCAGCGAGGAAGAAUGCCUCCAACCCAGCCGAACCCAGGCCAGUACGCGCUGACCAACGGGGACCCCCUGAACGGCCACUGCUAUCUGUCGGGAUACAUCUCGCUGCUGCUGCGGGCCGAGCCCUACCCCACCUCGCGCUACGGCAGCCAGUGCAUGCAGCCCAACAACAUCAUGGGCAUCGAGAACAUCUGCGAGCUGGCCGCCCGCCUGCUCUUCAGCGCCGUCGAGUGGGCCCGCAACAUCCCCUUCUUCCCCGACCUGCAGAUCACCGACCAGGUGGCCCUGCUGCGGCUCACUUGGAGCGAGCUGUUUGUGCUCAACGCGGCGCAGUGCUCCAUGCCCCUGCAUGUGGCCCCUCUGCUGGCCGCCGCCGGCCUGCACGCCUCGCCCAUGUCCGCCGACCGGGUGGUGGCCUUCAUGGACCACAUCCGCAUCUUCCAGGAGCAGGUGGAGAAGCUCAAGGCCCUGCACGUCGACUCGGCGGAGUACAGCUGCCUCAAAGCCAUCGUCCUCUUCACAUCAGAUGCCUGUGGCCUGUCAGAUGCUGCCCAUAUCGAGAGCCUGCAAGAGAAAUCUCAAUGCGCCCUGGAGGAAUACGUGAGGAGCCAGUACCCCAAUCAGCCGAGUCGCUUCGGCAAACUGCUCCUGAGGCUGCCUUCCCUGCGCACCGUCUCGUCCUCAGUCAUCGAGCAGCUCUUCUUCGUCCGCUUGGUAGGUAAAACCCCCAUUGAAACCCUCAUCAGAGAUAUGUUACUGUCUGGGAGCAGCUUCAACUGGCCUUACAUGUCUAUCCAGUGUUCCUAGAGCACAGCCAACACCCCCAUAGAGACACUGAGGACCAACACAAACAGAAAUAUACGAACCGAGUAAAGUUGGGGUGCAGUGGGGGGGAAGCAGACAAUAAACAAAAACAUAAAGACUCGUGUAGGAUCAGAUCUGUGACCAUGUUUGAAAGGAAAAGAAAGGACCUUGUGUCUGUGGAAAAUUUUGGAAAAAGGACCGAGGGGAUUUUAAUAAAACCAGAAGGAGAAUAAUGGAUCUUCCAGGAUUUAUUGUGGACUGAUGUGGAUAUAUUCUGUACAGAAACAAAGAAACAAACAAAAAAAUAUUGACGCUGAACUGAACCUUGUGUAGAAAACACACACACGCAAACACUUACCACGAACAUUGUUAUUCAUUUUGUAAAAUAUUAGUCUUUAUUUUCAUUUUUUGGUAAAAUUUAAAACAUCGUAUGCGCAUAAAGAAAAAAGAAACAAGAAUUAGGGGAAAAUAACAUUUUCCAAAUAAUUAUAAAAAAAAAACAAUUGUCCUGUGUCUAUGUAUCUAUAUCUGUUUUGUAUUUUUUUCUGGUUCCAAACCAGGUUUCCUGUGAUUCUAUACUAAUAAUUUUUGAUAUAACCCUUUGCUUCUUAUAAUGAGUGCGAUAUAUGUUGUCGAAGCUGUUCUUCAAGAAUUAAAAUUGAAGUGA